CACCAAAAACAUGUGUCACGGUCGAACUUUACAAUAAAAUACAGAAUAAAAAGUGAUGAAACUUGUACUUAUUGAAGAUUAGAAUGUGAUGAACGAUUGUUUUAACCUAAACAAAGUUCUUGGAGUUAUUUGUUUCAACCUAAGUGAAAUGCGAUAGCAUGAGUGAUAAAGUCUUUGGUCGUAAAUGCUUCAAGUGCAGAUAACCAGUCACUUCCACAUUUCAAACCGAAAAUUGCAAACAUUAGUGGAACGUUCAAAUCUAUUCAAUAGCAAUAUAUGCCAACCUUGUGCAGUUUCUGAAGGUUAAUAAGUCUACUAAAGUGCCACGAAUGAAUUUAUCAAUGACUUCCUCAUCAUCAACACAUCACCUUUAGACUAUUCGGGAAAAUAGCGUUAGUAGGUGCCUGUCGACUGAAAGUGAAACCCAACCACAAAAUAAUGAAUCUUCACCAAAAGUGCAAGUUUACUUAGUGAAUCGUAACAAAGAAAAAUCUCACCAAAGUGUCUAAUCUACUACAAUCAAAGUGUCACUGUGAUCCGGAUCGGCAAACAUGGAUAGUUCACGUAAACCGGAGAAGAAAAAUCCUCGCAAGGGUGCGUUCUGUGCCUCGCAACUUCUGUUCUGCUGGUUGCUGCCUCUGUUCUACAAAGGCUGCCGUUGGGGACUCAACAAGGAUGAUCUCACCAAAUGUCUCAAAAAAGAUAAAUCCGAGGAUCUUGGGGAUCACUUGGAACAGCAUUGGAACACAGAAGUUGUGAAAGCUAAAAAGCAGGGACGACCUCCUAGACUACGGAAUGCUCUGUUCCGAGCAUUCUACAUGCAAUGUAUAUUCGACGGAUUCCUAGUGUUUAUGUUUGUCCUUAUCAAGUCCAUCCUGCCGGUGGUCUUAGCCCAACUUUUGAUUCAAUUCCAAGCACCAACAAACUCAACCGAUAGCGGAGGUUUAAUCAACCGGACUACCACUGUUCCACCCCAGACACCGGAUGUGUUCCUAACGACCACCCUGCAUUUUCUCCUAGACACAAACCAAAAUGAAACCGAGCUAGAUAGAAUGCGUCGCAGUAUCGACGGGAGCAAAAAUAGUCUCAAUAAUCGUGUUACCAGUGACGAUUUCAGAGAUGAAGAUUACAGCAACAGUCGCGACGAUGGGUAUGUUGACCUCAACGAAGAGGACGCUCCAAGUAGAGUUCACACGUUAUCAGGCACUGCCGAAGUCAUUGAUUACGCAUGGAACGAUGUGCACUGGCUAGCAACGAUACUGGUGCUGCUGACCUUGCUGGGAUGUUUCUGCAGCCACCAUUCCGACGUACGGCAACGCCUGGUCGGAGCAAGGAUGCGAAUUGCGUGCUGUUCGGUGAUCUAUCGAAAGACGCUUCGAAUCUCCAAAAAGGCAGCCGGUUCAACGCCUGCCGGGUAUCUGAUUAAUCUACUUUCCAACGACGUCAGUCGAUUGGACUAUGGAUUCAUCUUCCUGCACUACGUUUGGGUGCUUCCAUUUCAGGCGGUUUUCACGUGCUACCUCAUUUGGCGUAGUGUCCAGUGGGCAGCUGUUGUUGGUGUGGUGGGUUUGCUUUUGAAAACUAUUCCAGUUCAAACCGGGCUUGGAAGGCUGCAGUCCGUACUUCGGAUGCGAGUUGCAAAACGAACUGACCAGAGAGUGGGAAUCAUGAACGAACUGAUUCAGGGAAUUCAGGUCAUUAAAAUGUAUGCGUGGGAAAAGCCCUUUCAUACGGUUGUGUCGUUGGCGCGUAAAAAGGAGGUACGACAAAUCCGAUGGGCUUCGUACAUUCGUGGCAUCUAUCUUAGUACCAUGAUGUUCACCGAAAGAUCGACGCUGUUUUUAGCGAUAGCUACCUGUUACUUUGAAGGUCGUGCCAUAACCGCAGAUAUAGUCUUCCCGAUGGCACAGUUCUUCAACAUUCUUCAGCUCACGGCUGCUAUUUUUUAUCCAUUGGCGGUUUCGCUAGGAGCCGAAGCAUUAGUAUCCAUAGACAGAAUUCAAGAGUUUCUUGAAAUAGAUGAGCAAGACACAAAAAUGACGGGUCUGUGCAAAAACGAUUUGGAAGCUAUUAGAAAGAGACCAUUAACUGAGCAGAAGAAUGCUGUCGAGCUUAGAAAUGUUUCAGCAAGUUGGGAAAACAGUAAGGAGAAAACUCUCGAGAAUAUUAGUCUCAAUGCUAAAGCUGGUCAGUUACUUGCUGUCGUAGGACCGGUCGGUGCUGGAAAAAGUUCCUUGCUUCAAAUGCUGCUGGGUGAAUUACCAAUUCUCAACGGAGAAGCUGUUAUCAACGGGGAGGUAUCCUAUGGUUGUCAAGAACCGUGGCUGUUUACCGGUACUGUUAGGAAUAACAUUCUUUUUGGGCUGCCGUACGAUCGCAAACGCUAUCAAGAGGUAGUGGAGCAUUGCGCAUUGGUGACUGAUUUUGAACAACUCCCGGAAGGAGACAAGACCAUGGUUGGCGAGCGUGGAACUUCGCUUUCCGGUGGCCAGCGUGCUCGGGUAAAUCUGGCACGGGCAGUCUAUAAGAAUGCUUCCGUUUAUCUGCUGGACGAUCCGCUUAGUGCGGUCGACACACACGUAGGGCGACAUUUGUUCGAUGAGGUUAUGGGCCCGAAAGGCUAUCUAGCGAAGCAGCAGGCAACGCGAAUUCUCGUCACCCAUCAGGUGCACUUUCUUAAGGAUGCCGACUGGAUUGUUAUAUUGGAGCAUGGUAAAAUUCUUAUGCAAGGAACUUAUCAAGAAUUAUCUAAAAGUAAUUUGGAUUUCGGUAACCUGUUGGGAUCCUCCGAAGCGAAAACCGAAGCUCCAGAAGAGGAAGAGGUCGAAGAUUUAACGGAUGAAGAAAUUCCUUUUAUUGAUGGUGUCAGAUCGGAAAACAACAAAUUAUAUAAAAGUUCGACCUCGAUACAGGGACCACCAUCGUUAUCGUCCAGCGUUAGCGAAAAUCUGGGUAGAACAGUCGGUGAAGAUCAGGCUGAAGGAAGUCUUCCGUUGAGAAUUUGGGCAACCUACUUUUUGGCUGGCGGAAAUGCCUUUUUGUUGCUGUUUACGUUCGUUACACUUAUUUUUACUCAAGUCGUUGUAAGCGGGUCAGAUUACUUUGUGACAUACUGGACGCGACAGGAAGAGCUACGUCUUGAAUAUCUUCCGGUAGAGUACUCUACCGGAGAUUAUCUCUGGAUGUACGGAGUCUUUAUCAUUGCAGUGAUAUUUUUCACCAUCUUCCGUGGAUACUUGUUUUUCAACAUUUGUAUGAAAGCGUCCAGAACGUUGCACGAUCGAAUGUUCGCGAAGAUGCUAGCAGCUCCAAUGCGAUUUUUCGAUACCAAUCCCUCUGGGCGUAUCCUGAAUCGGUUUUCCAAAGAUAUGGGUGCCAUUGAUGAACUCUUGCCGAAAGCGAUUAUGGAUGCUGUCCAAGUGCUGCUGGUAAUGGUUGGCAUAUUGGUUGUGAUCGCUAUCGUAAAUCCAAUUUUGCUGCUAGCGUUACUUGGUGCUGUUGUUCUGUUUGCCGUGGCACUGAAAUUGUACCUAAGGCCAACGCAGGAUCUGAAGCGUCUGGAGGGAAUAACACGAAGUCCGGUUUUCUCGCACCUUUCGGCAACAUUGUCAGGGCUUUCGACAAUACGCGCCAACGAAGCCCAAAAGAAGAUCACACAGGAAUUUGACGCAUUGCAAAAUGUGCACUCUGCCGUUUGGCAACUGACCAUGUCCAGCAACGCCGCUCUGGGAUUGUGGUUGGAUUGUAUCAGCACGGGUUUCGUAGCAUGUGUAACAUUCAGUUUCAUUAUACUGCAUGACGACACCUACAGUGCCAAUGUUGGUCUCGCCAUAUCACAAGCUAUGAUCCUCACCGGAAUGGUACAAUACGGUAUCCGUCAAACGGCGGAAUCAAUGCAGCAGAUGACCGCGGUAGAACGUGUCAUUCAGUAUACAGAAAUCCCCUCUGAAAAUAAUCCACCCAAAAUACCUCCCGGUGACUGGCCUUGGAAAGGUCAAAUAGAAUUUCAGAGUAUGACACUAAGGUACGACAGCGACAGUCCACCGGUAUUGAAGAAUCUAGAUAUUACCAUUGAACCGACUUGGAAAGUUGGGAUCGUUGGUCGAACGGGAGCUGGUAAAUCAUCGUUGAUUGGAGCGCUGUUUCGUCUGGCACCCAUCGAAGGGAAGAUAUUAGUCGAUGGCAUUGAUUCCGGAGUUGUAACUUUGGAGUCUCUGAGGUCAAAAAUUUCUAUUAUUCCUCAGGAUCCGGUACUUUUUAGUGCAACAAUCCGGUACAAUUUGGAUCCUUUCAAUCUCUAUGACGAUGACAGUAUAUGGAAAGCAAUCAAUGAAGUCGAGCUGCGGACGGCGGUCAGUGGGUUGGAUUAUAUGGUCACCGAAAGUGGAACCAAUUUCAGUGUCGGGCAACGACAGCUGAUCUGCCUGGCCAGAGCAAUUUUAAGAAACAACAAAAUAUUGGUCCUCGAUGAAGCCACAGCCAACGUCGAUCCACAAACUGAUGCACUAAUACAGCGCACGAUUCGGGAAAAAUUCAAAAAUUGUACCGUUUUGACGGUGGCCCAUCGCCUACACACGGUAAUGGAUUCCGACCGGAUCCUGGUAAUGGAUGCUGGUCACGCGCGUGAAUUUGAUGCACCUCAUGUUCUUUUGCAACGGGAAGAAGGUGUUCUGAGGAACAUGGUCGAGGCUACCGGUCCGUCGGAAUCGGAAUCUCUCAAGCGUAUUGCCGCUGAAGCAUACGCAAAUCUUUAAAGCAAGAACAGGGAAAGCCAAUGGUACUUAGAAUUGGAAAGACUUGAUUGUUAAGUACACUUGUCUAGUUGUAAGUACAAAGUAGAUAUCAAAGUCCCUAUACUAGUGACAGGAUAUAGUAUAGAUAGAAAUAAGUAUCUGUGGAAUGUUAUUCGGUUAUACCAAAACCAGUUGAAGUUUGAAUUUAUACAGGUACAUGACAAAGAAACUUAAAUGCGGCAAUUGCGGCUCCCGAUAUUUACCAAGAGAAGUGCCUCGUUAGUAAGACUCGUUUUCAGUUAGGUACAGUUUUAAAGUGAAGGUCAAUCAACACUGCCGAAAUACAUAAUUUGAUGAAUCGUUAUAGAAAUAUAUAUAAUUAAGAAUAGCU